UGUACAGUACGACCUUUCAGUGCAGCUGCCUGGGAAGGCUGCGCAUGCCGAGCGGACGACGAGGAGCUGAAAUACGACGACUUAAAAGUAUAAACCCACCGUUAAUGGGUUUAUUAUCACACCAGCCGUUGCUUUCGUCGCUCCCGUUUACCUCGACCGAUUGUUGUGAAUGGAUUAUAUUAUUCACGUCUCACCGAGAAGCCUUACAACGCCCAGUCAGCAGCGGCAGCCAUAGCUCCGUCAUUGACGCUGGAGAAUACUAUCAUCUGUCUCUACAAUGGCCGUCUUUAGUCACCAGGUACUCCUUGCAGUAACAAGAUCAAGGGGAUCAUACUUAUUAUCCAAGAGGCACAGCUGCUCCUCUCUGUCUUCCAAAGCCUAUCUCCACAUAGACCCUUCUCGCCAGGUCUCAUCCUUCACACUCAGGCACUCCCGCUACGGCUCCUCCCACGGUUACCGAGACCACGCCCUCGGCAGUGGCCACAACUCCGCCCUGCUCGCCCGCUCUCUACACAGCUCAGGUGUUUGGCUCCAAGACAUAAAGCAGGAGGACACUAAAACUUCACCAGCUGCUGCCCAGGAUGCUUCUCCAGGAGCUAAAAAGGACUCUGUGGCCGCUGCACCCCAGUCCCCACCUCCAUCAGUUCCCACUCCACCGCCCGCCGCCACUACAACGGCUGCCGUCCCUCCGGUGAAGGAGAGGGCAGUCGUGAAAAAGGCUCUGUAUCAGAGGAUUGUGGAUGAGUUGAAGCAUUACUACAAUGGCUUCCGGUUACUCGGCAUCGAUAUUAAGAUUGCAGGCAGGAUGGUGUGGAGGCUGCUGCACGGACAACUGCUCACACGCAGGGAGAGGAGAAGGCUGAUGAGGACCUGCGCUGACCUGUUUCGUCUGGUGCCCUUCACAGUGUUUAUCAUCGUUCCUUUCAUGGAGUUCCUUCUUCCUGUCUUCCUAAAACUCUUCCCAGAGAUGUUGCCCUCUACCUUUGAGACAGAAACCAAAAAGGAGGAGAAGCAGAAGAAAGGUCUGGCAGCGAAGUUGGAGCUGGCCAAGUUUCUCCAAGAGACAAUCGCUGAGAUGGCUCGAAGGAAUAAAGCAAAAGCUCAAACAGAAGAUGAGACACAGCGCUUCUCCACAUAUGUUCAGAAGGUUCGGGGCACAGGCGAGCAGCCCACCACCAAGGACAUUGUCCGGUUUUCGAAGCUGUUUGAGGACGAGCUGACGCUGGAGCACCUGGAGCGCCCCCAGCUGGUGGCUCUGUGUAAACUGUUGGAGCUGCAGCCCAUCGGCACUAACAACUUGCUGCGUUUUCAGCUGAUGAUGCAACUCAGAACCAUCAAGUCAGACGAUGAGAUGAUUGCAGCAGAGGGUGUGGCAGCUAUGAGCGUGUCAGAAUUACAGGCAGCGUGUCGCAGUCGUGGGAUGAGGUCUCUGGGUCUCACCACCGACCAGCUACAUCAGCAGAUGCAGCAGUGGCUGGACCUGCACCUGAAGGAGAAUGUUCCUCCAUCGCUGCUGCUGCUCUCCAGAGCCAUGUACCUGACUGACCUCAAACCAAAAGCUCCAGUCAUCCCGCCUGUUCCCAAACUAGAGAAAGCUACUCCGCCUCCAGUGGAGAAUACAGGAACAAACACGACCUUAGUCAGCACUGACAUGUUGGCGGACCCUGCUCUCAUCAUCAAAGAUAGACCGGUGGAAGAGAUAAGAGACAAGGCUCCUAUAGUGUCGGACAAACCUCUGACUCCUGCUGAAGUCCUUCAGGCUAAAGCAGCAACAGAGGUGUCCCAGAAGAGCAAGAUGAGUGCCAACGGUGUGUAAAGUGGAGCAGGAGCCUCUGGACUGAAGGGAGGAUGGACUCAGCUCUGUGUCUUUGGGGGGUGAGAUGGAUGACGGGGGUGUAUGCACUGGCUCCAUUCAGCAUCGUGUCUGACAUGUUGAUGAGACGACUCAUCUAGGAGUCCUGUUCCCUACUUGUCCGUCUCUCUGUUAACACCCUGAAAAGUUCUGUUGCCUCUUCUACUUCGUCUCAGCAGCUUUAAACCCUCUGCUGUCACAUUGGUGCACUCCAUUCUCUGUCACUCUCCAUUCGAGCUGGACAAACCAGACUGACAUUUCACUGGACUGGCAGACCAUUGAUGGUGUGAUUACUUUGACCUAAUGUCCUGGAUGCGCGCCCAAACCACCCAACAGCAGAGCCUGGUCAACUGUCUGUUUGAUGGUGUCUCCUUACAGUCUAGAUGGUCUCCUUCUCCUCCUCCUGUACAUUUGUAAAUAUCCUGUAUAUUUCGGUCUCUGUCUUACAUCGCAGCAGCAGCGGCAGCAGCUUUGUAGAUUUUGCUAUGCAAAAAAAGUCUCUUGAAAAUGUUUUUCUCUCUUGGCAGUUUCAGUUUGUAUUAUUUGGAAACCUUUUUCGCUCCUCUUCAGGAUAUAAGAGAAGUCAUCCUUUUUCCAGACAUAUGUUGCUGAACGUUUUGGCUCAGUAGCUGUCCCACCUUCAUCUUUGUUCAGUAAGCUGGACCAUACUGAUGUGCUGAAGCAGACGGCACAUUCUGAACCUGCGAUUGAAUAAAAAGCAAAAGGUUCAGUCAAUUUGUCAUGAUCUUAUUUCGUCAGCUGCAGAUUUGGACCGGCCCUGACUCGAAAGAGGGUGACAUUGUGUAGUUGCUUGGUGCUUGCUGCUGCAAUUAGCAAACAAAAGACUGCUAAAUUAUAAGAGAGGUCACUCCUUAAACCCAGAGGUGACUGUGGUAAAGUGCAGUCUGCCGCCACUGGUAAACCACUGAACAGACAAUUUGUAAAAACAAAAAACACAAGGAAUGUGCAGAUUGUAUUUGCAUAAUACAGUGUAUGUAUGAUACCAAUAUUUCUUUAAACUGAAAUGAGAAAAUUGAUGUUAUCCAUUAAAAUAUAUUAUUGAUAUGGGGAAGAAGUGUAGCCACAAAUGAGAUUAAUGUUAUUUUUUUGGUAUUGUGGCCCUAAAAGAGUUAAGAGCAUUAUGAAUAACUAUCUUACUGCAUUAUAUUACCCUAAAAGCUGUAAUUGGAAGGUUUACCACAUAAAUGUGUACUGUGUAAUACAGUGUUGUGUGUUUGACAGUGCUUAUUUUCCAUCCCUCUUUAUACAUUUGACAUUGUUGGAGUAACUUUUUGUCUCCAUACAUUUUACUUUAUUGCUAUUAAUCCACAGGCACAUCCCAGAAGUGGAUGCCAUAAAUAAAAGGAUAUUUUUUAAACAAAAAAGAUAAUGAAUGAUUGAUGAUGCUAAUGAAGAUUUAUAUUAUUGGUUUUACAUUUGUGCCUAAGGUAAAAGGGCGAUUGUGUUUGUGUUUGCAUUUUUCAUCAGAGUACAGAUUUUCUAUAUUGUACCAUUGUCAGUUUUUGAUUGAUCAUCACCUCAGUGUGUUUAAAGCCCCCAGUUGCACCUUUUCUCUUUAGUGGAAUGUCUCCUCCUUUUCCCUUCCCCAUUUGAUCCAAAUAUAAAUCCAAAUGUAUCACCUGUGUUGAUACUGAUGAAAAAGCAAUCACCUUUUCAAUCACCUCUGCACUCGUGGUGCAAAGGGGAUCAAAACCUUUAAAAAAAGAUUUUUCAUCUCUGGUUUGUGCUCCAUAUUUGAAAGAAAUUCCAACACAUUUUGAGUAGAUGUGAAAUGAUUUAUGCAACAUUUAUGGCAUUUAAACAAAAAAUGUAAAUGUAUGUCCCAGUUAUUUGACAGGAUGCAUUCUUUUGCCCACAGAUAUUCCUUCUUGUCCUAAAUUACCUUCCUUGUGUCACUUCUUUCUCUUUUCAUCAGCAUCAUAGUGUGUGUUAACAACAUGAUGCCUGUCUGGAAACUACAACUUACUAUUGCUAUCUCAGAUGGUCUGUUACAUCAAUGCCAUGAUGAUGCGUCCUCUGUCUUUAAGGAUUGUUUCUUUCAGUUAAAAAAUGCACUACUGUCCAAUUACUUCUUCCCCCGAAUAAAAUGUAUGCAUCACUUUAUCAGGGCAUAUGAGUGUCUGGGUGAUGGGGGGGGGGGAUAAUUCACACAAUUAAAAUCAUUAAACCCUUUA